CAUGUAUGUAGUAUUUGAUCAUCAUCAUCUCAAACUCAUUAUUAAGUCAAGGGAAGAAUAAGGCAAUACAACACAACACACUCACUCUACCUCUGAUCCCAGACAGAAGAGGGUGGAGUUUUUGUCAUACUCCCUCAAUUUUUAGCAAGUCAAAACAUCAGAAGAAUCAUUUUCUUUUUUUAAUUUUUGAAAUUAACGUUCAGGCGAAGAUGAAGGGUAAGACUUGCGAGCUUUGUGAUCAACAAGCUUCUCUCUAUUGUCCCUCCGAUUCCGCAUUUCUCUGCUCCGACUGCGACGCCGCCGUGCACGCCGCCAACUUUCUCGUAGCUCGUCACCUCCGCCGCCUCCUCUGCUCCAAAUGCAACCGUUUCGCCGGAUUUCACAUCUCCUCCGGCGCUAUAUCCCGCCACCUCUCGUCCACCUGCAGCUCUUGCUCCCCGGAGAAUCCUUCCGCUGACUACUCCGAUUCUCUCCCUUCCUCUUCUACCUGCGUCUCCAGUUCCGAGUCUUGCUCCACGAAGCAGAUUAAGGCGGAGAAGAAGAGGAGUUGGUCGGGUUCCUACGUGACCGACGACGCAUCUCCGGCGGCGAAGAAGCGGCAGAGGAGUGGAGGAUCGGAGGAGGUGUUUGAGAAAUGGAGCAGAGAGAUAGGGUUAGGGUUAGGGUUAGGGGUAAACGGAAAUCGCGUGGCGUCGAACGCUCUGAGUGUGUGCCUGGGAAAGUGGAGGUGGCUUCCGUUCAGGGUGGCUGCUGCGACGUCGUUUUGGUUGGGGCUGAGAUUUUGUGGGGACAGAGGGCUGGCCUCGUGUCAGAAUCUGGCGAGGUUGGAGGCAAUAUCCGGAGUGCCAGUUAAGCUGAUUCUGGCCGCACAUGGCGACCUGGCACGUGUCUUCACGCACCGCCGCGAAUUGCAGGAAGGAUGGGGCGAGUCCUAGCUAGCUCCAAUGUGUAAUCGUCUCAUUAGCCAAACCAAAUGCCUGGAUUUCAAAUUUUACUUUGUUUCCUUUGCUUUUCGCUUCUACCAAUCCUUGUUCAUUAAUGUGUUUACCAAUUGGAUCAACAAAUUCGAAUAUACAUGAAAAGGCCAGCCAGCCAUGCAACUCAUUCUGCCAUCAA